AUCUAGUGGACGGAACGCUUCUUCACCAACAUGGCUAUUGAUUCAAUCACCUCGGUAGCCUACAUAAAACAUAUACAUUAAAGCGCUUUAGACGCAGACUUCAGUUAGUUUAAAACACAUUUAUGUCGUAUCUAGUUACCCUUAAUUUCUAUAUUUAUGUUUUUGUUAGCCAUCUAGAUGGGUGGUUAAAUUACCAGUAGCCUAGAAGCUAAUUAAUGAUAGCUAGCUAACGUUACCUCGCUAACAUCCUCGACCAUGAGCUCACCAAGCUACACCCCACCUGCUAAAGAAGAGGGGGUCUGCUGGACGGAGAAAGAAGCCCCCGUGAAAGAGGAGGAGGAAGAGGAGGCUCUCACAGUUAAACAAGAAGUAGAGGGUGAGGCUUUUACAGUUAAACAAGAAGUAGAGGGUGAAGCUGUUGGAGUGAAAGAAGAGGAGGUGGAUGUUACUGUGGAGGAAGAGAAACAAGACGGUGCCGCUUUGGGAGUGAAAGAGGAGGAAUUGACUGUCACAGUGAAAGAAGAAGAUAUUUUCAGAGUGAAAGAGGAGGAUGCCGUCUUUGGAGUGAAGGAGGAGGGGGAGAUUACUGUCACAUGGGAGGAGGAGGAGGAGGAAGAGAUUGGAGAUAUAAUUAACACCACAGGAGAAAGACCAGACACUCACUCUGACAGCAGGAAGAGUCCUUCAGGGGAACCAGACACAGAGACGCCCAAAGCAGCAAGACGACACCACUGCUCCCAGUGUGGAAAGAGUUUUACUAAGUUACGGAAUCUAAAAGAGCAUGAGAGGACACACACAGGAGAAAAGCCUUUCCACUGUUCCCAGUGUGGAAAGAGUUUUACUGUGUUAACUAACCUGAAAAGGCAUGAGAGAAUACACACUGGAGAAAAGCCUUACCAAUGUUCCCAAUGUGAAAAGAGUUUUGCCGUGUUAGUUAACCUGAAAAGACAUGAGAGAAUACACACAGGAGAAAAGCCUUAUCAAUGUUCUCUGUGUGGCAAGAGUUUUACCCAGUUAAGGUCCCUGAAAAGGCAUGAGAGAGUACACUCUGGAGAGAAGCCUUAUCAAUGUUCCCAUUGUGGAAGGAGUUUUAGGUCGUCUGCAAACAUGAAGGAGCAUGAGAGGACACACACAGGAGAAAAGCCUUUCCAAUGCUCACAUUGUGGAAAGAGUUUUACCCAUCUAGUGAGCCUGAAAAGACAUGAGAGAAUGCACACAGGAGAAAUGCCCUACCAAUGCUCCCAUUGUGGAAAGAGUUUUUCCCAAUCAGCAAAACUGAAAAGACAUAAGAGAAUGCACACUGGAGAGAAGCCUUUCAAAUGCUCCCAUUGUGGAAAGAGUUUUACCCAAUCAGGGGGCCUGAAAAAGCAUGACAUAAAGAAGAAGCUAUGUUCUUUAUGUUCUUGACUGAGAAUGUGUUUUUGUGAAUGACAACUUCAGUAAAACCUAAUCAAAAAAUAUAUAUAUAUAUUUGUUUUCCAAUUUCAAUACUUUAAUUGAAUACAGAGUACCUCUGUUUUUAAGUAUACGUUCUCUGUGGAUGGAGUGGAGCAUUAAAUAUAGAGUCCUGGACAGAGUCUUGUCCAUCAGUCGCUGUGGAUGGAGGGGAACAUUAAAUAUAGAUACCUAGACAGAGUCUUGUCCAUCAGUCGCUGUGGAUGGAGGGGAACAUUAAAUAUAGAGUCCUGGACAGAGUCUUGUCCAUCAGUCGCUGUGGAUGAAGUGGAACAUUAAAUAUAGAGUCCUGGACAGAGUCUUGUCCAUCAGUCGCUGUGUGGAUGGAGGGGAACAUUAAAUAUAGAGUCCUGGACAGAGUCUUGUCCAUCAGUCGCUGUGGAUGGAGGGGAACAUUAAAUAUAGAUACCUAGACAGAGUCUUGUCCAUCAGUCGCUGUGGAUGGAGGGAAACAUUAAAUAUAGAGUCCUGGACAGAGUCUUGUCCAUCAGUCGCUGUGGAUGAAGUGGAACAUUAAAUAUAGAGUCCUGGACAGAGUCUUGUCCAUCAGUCGCUGUGGAUGGAGGGGAACAUUAAAUAUAGAGUCCUGGACAGAGUCUUGUCCAUCAGUCGCUGUGGAUGAAGUGGAACAUUAAAUAUAGAGACCUAGACAGAGUCUUGUCCAUCAGUCGCUGUGGAUGGAGUGGAGCAUUAAAUAUAGAGUCCUGGACAGAGUCUUGUCCAUCAGUCGCUGUGGAUGAAGUGGAACAUUAAAUAUAGAGACCUAGACAGAGUUUUGUCCAUCAGUCGCUGUGGAUGGAGUGGAGCAUUAAAUAUAGAGUCCUGGACAGAGUCUUGUCCAUCAGUCGCUGUGGAUGGAGUGGAACAUUAAAUAUAGAGUCCUGGACAGAGUCUUGUCCAUCAGUCGCUGUGGAUGAAGUGGAACAUUAAAUAUAGAGACCUAGACAGAGUCUUGUCCAUCAGUCGCUGUGGAUGGAGUGGAGCAUUAAAUAUAGAGUCCUGGACAGAGUCUUGUCCAUCAGUUGCUGUGGAUGUAGGGGAACAUUAAAUAUAGAAUCCUGGACAGAGUCUUGUCCAUCAGUCGCUGUGGAUGGAGUGGAGCAUUAAAUAUAGAGUCCUGGACAGAGUCUUGUCCAUCAGUCGCUGUGGAUGGAGUGGAGCAUUAAAUAUAGAGUCCUGGACAGAGUCUUGUCCAUCAGUCGCUGUGGAUGGAGUGGAGCAUUAAAUAUAGAGUCCUGGACAGAGUCUUGUCCAUCAGUUGCUGUGGAUGUAGGGGAACAUUAAAUAUAGAAUCCUGGACAGAGUCUUGUCCAUCAGUCGCUGUGGAUGGAGUGGAGCAUUAAAUAUAGAGUCCUGGACAGAGUCUUGUCCAUCAGUCGCUGUGGAUGGAGUGGAGCAUUAAAUAUAGAGUCCUGGACAGAGUCUUGUCCAUCAGUCGCUGUGGAUGGAGUGGAGCAUUAAAUAUAGAGUCCUGGACAGAGUCUUGUCCAUCAGUUGCUGUGGAUGGAGUGGAACAUUAAAUAUAGAGUCCUGGAUAGAGUCUUGUCCAUCAGUUGCUGUGGAUGGAGGGGAACAUUAAAUAUAGAGUCCUGGACAGAGUCUUGUCCAUCAGUCGCUGUGGAUGAAGUGGAACAUUAAAUAUAGAGACCUAGACAGAGUCUUGUCCAUCAGUCGCUGUGGAUGGAGUGGAGCAUUAAAUAUAGAGUCCUGGACAGAGUCUUGUCCAUCAGUUGCUGUGGAUGUAGGGGAACAUUAAAUAUAGAAUCCUGGACAGAGUCUUGUCCAUCAGUCGCUGUGGAUGGAGUGGAGCAUUAAAUAUAGAGUCCUGGACAGAGUCUUGUCCAUCAGUCGCUGUGGAUGGAGUGGAGCAUUAAAUAUAGAGUCCUGGACAGAGUCUUGUCCAUCAGUCGCUGUGGAUGGAGUGGAGCAUUAAAUAUAGAGUCCUGGACAGAGUCUUGUCCAUCAGUUGCUGUGGAUGGAGUGGAACAUUAAAUAUAGAGUCCUGGAUAGAGUCUUGUCCAUCAGUUGCUGUGGAUGGAGGGGAACAUUAAAUAUAGAGUCCUGGUCAGAGUCUUGUCCAUCAGUCGAUGUGGAUGGAGUGGAACAUUAAAUAUAGAGUCCUGGACAGAGUCUUGUCCAUCAGUCACUGUGGAUGGAGUGGAGCAGAGACACAGCUCCUUGAUAUGUUGCCUGAUCUCCUCUUCAGCUGUGAUAUAAUAGUUUUAGUAUGUACAUUAAACUAGACUUGGGGUUUCACAGUUUAUCUUUUGUCGUAGUGAUAAACUUUGCCUUUAGGGUUGGUCGUUGACCAGCUCCAUUAUUGCAAUAGAAAUGACAAAUUCUCUCUAACUUGAUUAGAAUUUCCAAGACACUCUGCUCGGGUCAUGAAAAUCCAUUUCAUGAAGCUCCAGACGAAUAGUUAUUGUGCUGACGAUGUUGCUUCCAGAGGCAGUUUGGAACUCGCUUCACCACUCGGCAGUCCCGUCCUGUGAGCUUGUGUGUCCUACCACUUUGUAGCUGAGCCGUUGUUGCUCCUAGACUUUUUCCAACUUCACGAGAAACAGCACUUUCUGUUUGACUGGGGGGCAACUCUAGCAGGGGAAGAAAUUUGACGAACUGACUUGUUGGAAAGGUGAACAUCGUAUGACAGGUGCCACGUUGAAACUCACUGAGCUCUUCAGUAAAAGGCCAUUCUGCCGCUCAUGUUUGUCUAUGGAGAUUGCAUGGCUGUGUGCUCGAUUUUAUAC